AUGUAUACUCCAGUGCUUUCUCGGAAGCACCUCGACGAAACGCCGGCCGUAAAACCGUCAGCCCGUCUGCGGAAGCCCGUCUGCACCAAGCGAAAAAGAGAGGAUAAGAUCACCGACCCGUUGAUGCCGGGAGUUUACGUCUUGGACUUGUCAGAAGAGAUGCCGCAGAAAAAAGCACGCAGAGAUGACGACGAUACCAACAUGUUGGCAGAGACGUUGGAGAGCCCCGGCUUCGACAACGAACCCUUCACCAAUCUCGAUACACACAGCGACAUUCAAGCCAGCAGUGGCAGCUCGGAUUGCGGUGAGAGUUACGAAAUUUUCUCUGCGGGCCCUCUCUCAGACACUAUUACAACACCAAACUCGCCAGCCUCCUUGGACUUUGACUCUGACAGCACGCUCGUCGACCCUGCCUUGCUAGCCGGCGCAGAAGAGGACCGUUCCCGAGGCUGGGAGACUUCUGAUGACGUUGAUGAGACAGGAUGGGACUUCAUGACGGGGGUAGAGACCAGUGCAUAUGCACCAAUGAACGAAUUGGACCGCGUGGAAAAUGGGGAAUAG